AUGGCCGUAGAGCUCAUGAUGAGUGGUUAUAGGAACGGUAGCUUUGUGACCAAAAUGGAAGAGAACGCAGUCCAAGAAGCUGCGUCUGGGCUGGAAAGUGUUAACAAGCUCAUCAGAUUGCUUUCCCAGCAACAAAACCACCAGCAUCAAGCCAAUAACAACAGCAGCAACAACAACAACAGUAAUAACAAUAACAUUAACCACCAAUCAUCAUCACCUUCUUCUUCUUCGAGCUCAAGAACAGCCUCCAUGGAGAUGGACAUGGACUGCAAGGCUGUUGCAGAUGUUGCUGUCUCCAAGUUCAAGAGAGUCAUUUCUCUUCUGGGUCGAACCAGAACCGGCCAUGCUCGCUUUAGAAGAGCUCCUGUGGCCAAUACUCCUGCUCAUGUUCCUUCUACUAUAAGUAAUACCAACACAAGGCAAGAAAACAGCCAAGCUCUUGAAACAAGUAAGGUUUACUAUGCUACACCGAUCCAGCAAAUCCCUCCUACUCUUCCUGUGCCUAAUCACCACCACGAUUAUGCUUCUAUGAUGAUGCUGCCAAAGAGUAAUGGGGUGAUUGAGAGGAAAGACUCAUCCACUACUAUUAAUUUCUCUUAUUCUUCCGCUGGGAAUAACUCUUUCAUGUCUUCCUUGACGGGUGAUAAUGAUAGCAAGCAGCCAUCAUCUUCAUCGGCCUUUCAGAUUGCAAAUCUGUCUCAGGUUUCUUCAGCUGGUAAGCCUCCCCUGUCUACUUCGUCCUUGAAGAGGAAGUGCAGCUCUGAAAAUCUGGGUUCUGGCAAGUGUGGUGCUUCCUCUGGCAGAUGCCAUUGCUCCAAGAAGAGCAGAAAGAUGAGAUUGAAAAGAGUGGUCAGAGUCCCGGCCAUUAGCCUGAAGAUGGCUGAUAUUCCACCAGAUGAUUACUCGUGGAGAAAAUAUGGUCAAAAACCCAUUAAAGGGUCUCCACAUCCUAGAGGGUACUACAAAUGCAGUAGCGUGAGGGGUUGUCCAGCAAGGAAGCAUGUGGAAAGAGCCUUGGAUGAUCCAUCAAUGCUUGUCGUCACAUACGAAGGGGAGCACAACCACAACAUCUCUGUCGCGGAGACCACUAAUCUCAUCCUAGAAUCCUCUUAG